AUGGACGAACAGAGCAUCCGGUCGUCGCAGCGUGUCUCGCGAUCAUGCGUCGAGUGCAGCCGGCGAAAGAUCAAGUGCGACAAGAAGAUCCCGUGUAAGCCAUGUGUGCGCCGGAAUCUCGCCCACGAAUGCCAGCGGCCCAUCACCCGCGUCCGGGGCAUGCUUACAGUGGCGAGCACCGUCGACCGUCUGUCUGCAGACUCCGAGGACAAUACCGUCGAUGAACUGCUCAAAGAGCGAUGCGCUCUCCAGGCGCAGAUCGCCGAACUCGAGACUGCGCUAGCCCUGUCAAAACCAUGUGGGCAUACUCACGGCACUAAACCAGAGUCGCAUCAAGGUCAGACGUCCAUGGCCGCCUUCGAAGACCUUGUACCUGCUCUUGAGCAGUUCGACCUCCAAGUGUCGCACGAUUCGGACCCUGUUGCCUUGUCGGAAAAAGACAUGGCCGAUCGCCUAUACGAACCCUCGACCGACCCCGUCUUCCUCCUCCUUCCAUCGAGAGAGAUCAGCGAACAGCUAGUGACGUAUUCGCUAAGGACGCUUGGUUGGUUACACGGUGCUGUGCAUGCGCCCGAGUUUGUCGCAGAGCACGAAGAGUUCUGGAACCAAAUACACAAUGGUGUCCCGCUAGACGCCAAGGAUCGACCUUGGCUCGCUCUAUACUUUGCUCUUCUGGCCACUGGUCUGCUCUACCUAGAUCCUGAGGAAGUGCCUGCCAUAUCGGAUCUACCUCAGCUGAAUCUUCAUCAGUAUCAGCAACAUGAUGAGAUGAGAUAUGCCGUUCACACGUCACGCCUCUGGUAUGAGGUUGCUCUGAAAGAGGUCGAACGCUAUGGCUGCUCGGGUUCGCCAUCUUUGAGAAUUGUACAGGCGCUGUCAGUACUGACUCUCUGCCACUCCAACUUUGGCGAACCUCAACGAGAGUGGCUGUUCACCGGCUGGGCAGCCAGUAUCGCGCGCUGUCUCGACAUGCAUCGUCUGGGCAGUGAGGUUGCUCAUGCUCGACACUUAAGCAACAGGCCUGAAUGGUCGACUUUUGAAAGACGCGAAUUGGGUCGUCGCGUUUGGUGGACUUAUGUAAUUCGAGACUGGCUAGGCAGUUGGUCUCGCCCACCUGCUAUCACUCCAGCCAGCUUUUGUUGCAAGUUCUCGACUGAGAACGAGGCUAACCAUGAUGUGAUCAUCGAAACACCAACGCAUACUUCAAGCCCUUCGCCACUCGUUUACCAGUCCGUCAUGUGCCGAUUGUCGUACAUCUUUUACAUUUACAUCAAAGUCAACACGCAUCAGAACGCAUCCAAAUUCAUCAAAGCGCUGGAGGAGAUUGAGAUUGUCAAGAGGAACCUGCCCUUGCAUUUGUCGAACAAAUUCCCUGCCAACAUUGAUGACGAGGAAUGGGAGGCCACGCAUAGCUGGAUCACUUUCCAGCGAUUCCUCAUAACCCAUGGCAUCGAGUUUAUGUUGCUCAGCAUCGCACGUACCUUGGCCAUGGGAAAUAUCGGCAGCGAGCAAACCCGUUAUCGCGAGGCAGCCAUGGCUUCAGCUAUGAGCAUUCUACACAGCUACCUGUCUCCGGUGCCGCGAGUAUAUAAGCUUGUCUGGACAAUUUCGGCUUCGACUGUUGCAGCUGCGGUAUACACAUCUCUGGACAUACUCAUGAACCCCCAGGACUACACACCUCAGAAAAGACAGGAGCAUGUUCAUCUGCUGAAACAAGUUGUCCAAGAAUUGAGCAAGUACAGCCACGUCGCUAUUCACGCCGCAAAGGGCUCGGCAUCAAUUCAAAAGCUCCUGGCACGUCUUGAGCAGAACUUCUCCAUGUCCCACCUCUCUGUUCAUGACAUUCUUCGCCAUCUGACGACCCAGGAGAUGCCUUCAGCCGCUGGCACAACAGGAACUGUGGCAGAUGGCUAUGUCCUGCCAGCCCAGACGAUUCCAGUACCUACGGAUGGCUGGAAUGAGAUGAUGGUUGGUCAUGAUAUGACUAUGCCACACAUGGACCAAGGCCAUAUCGAUGGACUGCUCGGUCCUUCCGACACCUGGGACAGCUUCAUGGAGUUCCCGACUUUCCAUCAGCACUACAACGGGUGA